AUGAAGAGAUUGCAUGUCACAAUACCGCUAGAUGCUCCAGAUAAUCUGGUAUCACUCCUGACUGAUGAUUGUCAAAAUUAUGAAAUUGUCAAGCUGAAAGGUGCAUUGACUAAUGUCAUUUACAAGUUGUCGAUCCGGGAUUCUUCUGGGACUUCUACAAGCUACCUAGUUCGGAUAUUUGGAGCAAAAUUGGAAUCGCUUGUUGAUAGAGUUGAAGAGUUUAAUAACAUAACGAGAGUACCUCCAGUGGUUGGAUAUGUAAAUGUGCUUUACGUUUUUGACAACGGAAGAGUGGAAUACUUCUUAGAAGGGUUCAAAAGUGUGUCUGCUAAGCAAAUGGUGCAGCAAAAUGUAUACCGAGUUCUUGCUCAAAAAUUUAAAGCGUUACACUGUUUGGUUUCGAUUACAGAUAAGGAAAUUGCUCACCAUCGUGACGGUAUGUGUUGGUAUAAAUUGGGCCAAUGGAUUGAGAUCAUUGAGAAUAUAAAUGGAGGAGAAUGGAUAGACAGUAGGGAUCACCAGAACGUGACUGAGAUUUUGCUAUGUAGAGAUUGGGCUACAUUCAAAAAGACGGUACUAAAUUAUAAAAACUGGCUUUUGGAAGAAGAUGCCGAAAGUUUCCAGCAAAUGAAAUUUUGCCAUAACGAUGCUCAACAGGGGAAUAUCCUGUUGGAUUCAAAAACGAAGGAUGAUGAUAUUCCAAAUCUUAAUCUGAUCGAUUACGAGUAUUCCGGGGUCAACGCUAUCCAGUUUGAUCUUGCAAAUUUUUUGACUGAAUGCAUGCAUGACUAUGAAAUUGACGAAUCUUAUAAGUGCCAUGGUGAACAGUAUCCAAGUAAAGAAAAAGUUUUGGACUUUUUAUACCACUACUCGACACACUUGCAUCACGGUGAUUCCAAGGGAGAAGCUUCUAUUGUCAAACUGUACAACUCUGUUUUGAAAUGGAGAGCUGCAUCUCAGUUGUUCUGGUCGGUAUGGGCCAUACUACAGAGCGGUCAACUGGAGGCAGCAUCAGCAAAAAUUGAGGCGCACGUCCCAGAUAAGGGAAGCAAUAGAGUGACCUCCUCUGAUGAUCCCAACGAAGAGGUGUUUGAUUACAUGGGGUUCUGUAAUGAAAAAUUGUCUUACUUCUGGGGGGAUAUGAUAAAAUUCAACCUAGCUAGUAAGGAAGAUUGCAUUGUUUCAAAAGUUAGAUAUCUGGAUACAGAGUUCAUAUAG